GUAAACAGGGAACAAGGUGUAAAAUGGGUGACCACAAGAACGAUUAUGACAUCCAGUUUGCACCAUCUGCAACUCACAGUGAACUUCUGCAGAACAUCCGGACAGCAUUGCAUGGACACCCCCCUUUGCUGACGAGAGAGUUUUCUGAGGUCAGUUCUAAUGCGCCUCGAAACACUUCUGGUUGCAGUAAGGGUGAUGCUGACUGCCAGCCUGCUAGAGUGAGAGUAAUGCAGUGGAAUCAGCUUGCUAGAGCCUUGUGUCAAGGUGACGAUAACUUUGUCAAAUGUCCCAAAGAAGCCUUUGACUGGAAAUCUAGACGUUUGCACAUCUUGGAGGAGAUUUUACAGUAUGAACCAGACAUUGUUUGCUUGGAAGAAGUUGACCAGUUUGAUUUUUUCAAGUCUGUUUUGGGUAGCAUUUGUUAUGAAGGGACAUUUUUUCCAAAACCUGAUUCCCCUUGUCUCAGUAUGGAGGAAUCCUAUGGCCCAGACGGUUGUGCUAUAUUUUACAACACCAAUAAACUAAGGUCAGUCAGUGUACAAAACUUUAAUUUGAAAAUGGGAAAUAAAUCCACCAAUCAAGUAGCCAUUAUUCAGCAGCUGCAGUACUGUGAUUCUAAAAACCCAAGAUCAGCCCAUGAAUUUUACAUAGGGGUUACCCAUUUGAAAUCUAAAGUGGGUUGGGAAGAGACGCGCCGUCUGCAGGGACAGAGUCUUUUGGAAGUCUUAAUGGAAAAAGCAGGUAGUUCCCCUGUUAUUCUGUGUGGAGAUUUCAAUGCUGUGCCAGAGGAACCUGUAUAUUCAGUCUUCAAAAAUAGCCAGAUGGGUUUUGACAGUGCAUACACUAAACUAACAGGUGAUGGUGUGGAGCCACUCUAUACCACAUGGAAAAUCCGUGGAGGCAAGCACUCAGGAGAGGUCUGCAGAACCAUUGACUAUGUGUGGUACACUAAAGGCACUAUAACUGUUGAGAAAGUGUUGAAGUUUCCAACUGGAGAAGAAAUCGGCCCUGGAAGAUUACCCAGUGUUACCUAUCCUUCCGAUCACUUGUCUUUGGUCUGUGACUUGAGUAUACAUUGAGCUUGACUAAUGUAUAUAUUAAGGAAUUUUUAAAAAAUUCUUUAUAUUUUUUUCUAUGGACUAGUGUAUUAUAUUAGGGAAGAAGUAAGUCCAUUGCAAAAUAUAGAAAAUACAACAACUUGGAGCCUGCUCUUUUGGCAACUCCAAAGAUAUCUAUCUUAAAUUUGUGAGGUUGUAUUUAUGCUAACUUUACAAACACUCCAAUAUUAAAUACUGUUUUUAUUUUAUACCAAUAUAUUUUUGCCAUUUACAUUAGACUUUACUUGGAUUACCAUGUUUGAUAUUAUUUGGCAUUUUUUAAAGGUUCCCCAAGGCCAUACUAACAUGGGCUUUAGUGUGAGUUUUGUCUUGUGAUGUGAUAAUAUUACUGCAUUUACUCAUAACUUGGUUGUUUGCUUUGUUUUGCCUCAAUGUGUUAAUUUUUUUUUACAAUCCAGUGUUCCUAACUUGUCGAUAUGAAAAUCACAUACCAGUACAUGAAGUCCAGUACUGGCUGUUAAACAGAAUUCAUGUAAUGAUCAUUUUCUAAUUUGUAAUUAUCAUUUUCUUCUACGGUGUAGUAAUGUGACAUACUUUCAGGUUAUUAUUGCAGAUAUUUUCUGAAAUAAUGGAUGAAAACCUAAUUUAAAAAUACAGCUAUUAGUAUGUAGUCAAGGAUGUGAAUGUUAAAUCUGCUGUACAUUUUUAAAUUAAAAUCACUCAAGGGCUCGCA